CAGGUCACUGGGAGGGAGGGAGGGCAGGUAACCUCAAAGUUAGCUCGGUGUCUUUAUGGUUGUCUUUCUGCCGUUCUGUCUUAAUUCAUGUAUAUGAAGAAGAGGGGUGUUUGUGUGUAGUGGACUGGUGGCCUUUAACGUUGCAGUUGGGGCUUGCACAGGGACUCUUCCACUUGCCGCCAUCACUCAGACAAGCUGGGAAAGGAUGUACUGCCUGCUGGAUCUCUUGAACAUUCCCAACUAGAAACCAUGGCUGGAUUUUACGGCUGCUUGCAGGGAAAGAAUUAAGACAUGAAACAGAGGACGUCAUCGCUGCUGGUCAGUAUUGGAGUCAGUCCAAGCAGUGACUGCAGUAUCAUGGCCUCUGGACCAUCAGAUGUGUUGACCAAUCAGGAUCCAGCAGACACCACUGAAGAGUGCACAGGCAAGAAGAAGUCCAAGUUCCAGACCUUCAAGAACUUAUUUUCUAAGAAGAAGAGAAAGGAGGCCGCUGCUCCUGCCGGGGGGGACAGUGGGUUGAAGUGUAGCCAGUCUAGUGACAAUGUCAACGCCCCCGAACCUGCACUUCUCAUCCGCUCUGAGAAAGACGAGGGCUCUGGGUCAAAAAUAAAUAUGGGUAAUAAGGCUCUGUCACAUGACAGUGUCUUUGUCUCUGAAUCUCCCCUGUCAGAGGUGACUGAGGGUCUGGGAGUCUCUCAGGACAGCAUCCAUGGGAAAGUCAAGUCUCUACAGGUCAUCAGGCUAGGCUCUCCUCCAUCUCUGUGUGUGAAGAAGAUGGAUGACGCAGGAACUCUUUCAGAAGAUGACGGCCUGCCCUGCAGCCCACCAGAGUACUCCACCCUGCACACUGUCCUGGCUGGGGUGUCCCACAGGUCUUCCAAACCGGUGCAGAGGAACAGCUCCCUGAGUCUGGAAGGGACCGACAGUGAUGAAGACCAGAUGUCCUGUGAGACGGGCUCCAGAUCGGUCAGUCCCCUGGUCUUCCUGCCUGUAGACUUCAGCCAGCCUGCCAGUCCCAUGGGCUGUCUGGACAACACUGCCGCUCGCCACCGCCUGGCUGUCCGACACAAGGCCUGUGCCAAGACGAGGAAACCCACCACUAGGGUUGAUGGCAGGGCUGAGGGAGAAUCAUUCCAGGAGGAAAGACAGAAUUGUAUCAUUCCAGAAUCUGUGGAGGAGGAUGAGGAGGAAGAUGUGAAACGCGAGCAGGCUGGUGUUGCGGAGGAGGAGCAGACAGAUUGGGUCGUGGUGUCCCAGCAGGCCGAGCGGCCAGCCUCCGAUGAAGAGGAUAAGCAGGGUGUCCAACAGGAAUUGUCUCAUGCUCAGGAUGCCCCCUCCCUCUCCAUACAGAAUGACUCUGACUCUGAGGAAUGUCUUUCAUGCCAGGCUGAGGUUUCAGCUCCCCGGCUCCAGACUGCCCUACUGCUUGGCUCCAUGAAGUCUCUGGAGCCCCCUACUGGAGAUGACUUCCUCCUGACCCCUCCUGGGUGUGAGGUGGCUGUGGAGGGAGGCUCUCUACUCCAGGAGGUGUUGAUCUCCCUCAAGGGUCCACUGACAUCUGUCCUGGGGCUGGAGACAGAGUCUGUGCUCCUGGAGGUGGAGGUGAACAUGGAGGGGUCAGAGGCUGAGAGCGGGGUGGAUGAGCUGGCAUUGAACCCACAGGAAGAAGCGUGUCUCCCCAGUGAUAGACCGGACUACCCAGCAGAGCCCGGAGAGGAGGUGGAAGAUGAGCCUUAUGAAUCUGAGGAGGAGUUAGUGGUGGAACGUUUCAAUCCAAAGGAGGAAGAGGAAGAUGCCGAGGAAAUCAACCCUGAGUACUUAACUAAAGAAGAUCAGGACAUGCCUUCAGUGGAAAAGGAGGAAGAAGAGGAGGGGGCAGAGGUAGAGGAGAAGGAAACAGAGGAGGUUGUGGAAGAUGAGAGGAGGGAAGAGGAGGACAAAAUGGAGCCAGACUCAGAUGUGCCAGUGCAGACAGCCUUAUUGGAGCCAGGGGAGGAAGAGGAUGUAAUGUCAACCACUGUGGAGGAUGAUUUCCAGCAGGUUCCAGACAGAGACCCUGAGAGAGCUUGUGAGAGCCCUGAGCGCACCAAUGAACUGUCUGACCAAACAGUCACAGACAUAGCCUGUCUCCUCCAGCUGCCAAACAGCAGUACACCUCCUCCAGAGUCCCUGGACCAGCCUGAGGCCCCUGCACACACCACACAGGACCAGGAAGAGCCCAGUGUAACAACUGACCAGCCCUGUAUAACCAGUCCCAGUGCAGCCGCCGGCCCAGAGCAGAGCCCCCAGGAGCACUGCAGGGGACCAACUGCCACCGAGGAUCCUGGGAAACCAUCUGGUGGUUCUGAACAUAAUAGACCCAGGUACACCAUUGCCCCUGCCUGGCAAAGGUUGGCUACCAAAGAGCUAACCUCCCCUUCUCCAUCUCCCUCGGUCACUGUGCCUGGGGCUGUGGAAGCAAAAAGAGACCCCCCAAGUGGAGUGGAGCCACUUAGCCCUGUGGGUGCUGAUGUCCCUGCUAUUCCCAUCCCAACACAGAGCACCACAGCACCCAUCAUGUCACCUGAAGACACUCCCCCUGCAGCCCAGGAGGAAGAGACCCCUGAGAAUCUGUUUGGUGUCAGGCUGAGGAAGACCUCUGUGGGUAUGCUUCGCUUCGGCUCCGAGACUGAAACUCCCCCUGCAUCCCCAGUACACUCACUUCCCAUAGAGCCACAGAGGGCCUCGUUCACUGAACCACAGUCAAACAGCAAACCUGCCCUGCCCAGAAAGCCCUCAGAGCUGGAUGGUAUGAUCAAGCCAAAGAGAAUACCAGAUCUGUCUGUGGGUCGAGAGCCUAGUGGGGGACCUGGUGGGGGAUCUCAAUCGUCAAGCUGGAUCUCAGUGGCCAGACAAAAGCAGAGGAUCUUAAAAGAGAACUCAUUGGAGGAAACCACGGAUAACAAACACCCUGCAGAGAUGGAGGAGUUUUACAGAAAACAAUCCAUUCGUACAUUGACAAGGCCUGUCAGCAAAGACCAAGCCAAGCCUCCAGGAUCUCCUGUUAAAGUGUUGUGUUCCCUGGAGAUCUCCAAGCCUGUCGUGGUUGAGAAGGAAGGGAAGAGAGCCCUGGCUCACCCAGCCCCUACAGCCCUGGCUCAGGACGAGCCCCCGUGGUUGGCCCUGGCUAAGAAGAAGGCCAAAGCCUGGAGCGAGAUGCCCCAGAUAGUGCAGUGAAGAUGGGCCAAACCAUCCGUCCGCUGAUGGAUCAGAAUGCAUUUGCACACCCAGAGUAUAAUUUUGUUUUCUACUUCUUCUGCUGUUCUAAUACCUUCAAGCUUCUGAUUGGUCAGACACUGAAACCCUCAAAUCACACGCUGCAGUGAAAGGAGUGAGUUGGGAAUUGGGCCAAAUGAGUAAAGGUUUUGAAUUAUUGAUUGAUACGGCAUACAAUUGGAUUCAGUUGACAUGAUAUGUCUUUAAGUAAGACAGACCCAUGACUAAAUUAGUUAUUUGUUUUAAUUUGUUAACUGACAAUGUCGGUCUGUAUGAGGUGAGGUUCAGUUGUGUCAACCUUAAACCUAGCCUUGAUCUUUGAUUUGGGGAUGAAUAAGCAUGGAUGGAAAGAAAGAGAUGAAGGUUUCUUCUUUUUAUUUAUUAAAUCUCAUGUUUGAUGUAUUUUUUUAUUUUUUGUAUUACCUUUAACGUGUGUACAUGACUUGUACAUAAAAUGUUCGGUAAUGAACAAAUGCUGUUUCUCUUUGUCAUCUGAACUCAAGAACAGUAAAAUACAAGGAAGUUACAUCUGACAGUUGCUCCUCUUUGUACCUACUGACAAUCGAACUGACAAAUAUAGUUUAUCACAGAUAUUUUUUUUUACUGUUUAACUGAUGCCCCACUUCACAUUUGAACCCCCCCUCCUCCCCCAAAAUGGAAACCGAUUUAUUUUAAACUAUUAUUUUUGACGAAUCGAAAGAUUCACUUUGUUUUUGUGUGGUAGUUCGGAUUCGGUUAAAUCGUGUUGGACCAAAUCAUGGGUAGUGAUUCCUAACAGUAACCCUAGUAUUAUUAUUUUUUUACACUGGAUUCAAAUCGUAUUUUACUUAUUUAUUUGCUCACUCGCCUCACUGUUCUAAAAAUGAACUAAUUUUAUAAUGUAUAACAGUGGAACAACCUUACUGUAGUGACCCUGUGUUUUAUAAGCGCGGAUGAGAACUCUGCCACUAUAAUUAUUUUGUGGCACAGUGAAUAUCCCACUUCUGACACCACGCCAGGGUAAUGAAACAGGCAGGGAGAGUGAGCUUGUUCCCUCAACCUUUUGGCUCAAUUAACGAAUUUGUGAAUAUACAGUGGGGUCCGCAAUUAUUGAAUUCAUUGAUAAAGAGCAAAAAAUACUAUUAAAAAAAUAAUACAAAUACUGAGCUAUAUUGUAUGAAAAUAAAGUUAAAUUACAUUAUUUUUUACUAAUACAAUUGGAAAGGUUUUAUGAUUUUUGGAGAACACGUUGGGAGGGAUCUUAGACCAGUCCUCCAUACAGAAUCUUUCCAGAUCCUUGAUAUCCGUCUGUGCUUAUGGCCUGCCCUCUUCAAUUCAAACCACAGGUUUUCAUUGAGGUUCAGAUCCGGAGACCUUUAAAAUGCUGCUGCUCUCCCAGAUCGAUCUCUUCAGUGUCCUUGUGGGACCAAGAAAGGAUGUUUGCAUAGAGUGGACACUUUGCAUCGGCAGCACACACUUCAGUGGACACUUUGCAUUGGCAGCACACACUUCAAUGGACACUUUGCAUUGGCAGCACACACUUCAAUGGACACUUUGCAUUGGCAGCACACACUUCAAUGGACACUUUGCAUCGGCAGCACACACUUCAAUGGACACUUUGCAUCGGCAGCACAUGCUUCAGUGGACACUUUGCAUCGGAAGCACACGCUUCAAUGGACACUUUGCAUCGGCAGCACACAUUUCAAUGGACACUUUGCAUCGGCAGCACAUGCUUCAGUGCUCUGGGAGUAUUUAUAGCCCUGUGAGUUUGACACUUCAUUAUCGAGAGCUGUCCUUCAUGACCCACAACAACCAUUACUUUUACCACCUUCUUCAUCUAGAUAUUUUCAACUUUCUAGGUAAAAAAACACAAUUUAUACACAAAUGAUGUGACUCCAUUACAGGGUGUCUUGAGAGUUGAUGUACCCAUGUGUUUUGUAGUCAUCAAAUCUUUGUCAAACAUUGAUGUUGAGGGAGAAUCUAAGCAAUCAAAUAUUGUUAUUUUUUUCAAAAACAAGGGAACAGAUCAUUGGGACUCCGAUACCAUCUAGAUUCAGUGGCAGUGGAACUUAUAGUGAUCUCAUUCUGCCCACCAGUGGAGUCCAGACUGAAGGUGCUGGGAUGUACUGCAGGUGCUGAGGGAGAAUUGAAGAGACAGUGACAUGGAACACUGACUGAACACCCACUUAGGAACCCAGACAGCUCCUGAUGUGGGCCACCAGGCUGAUAAAAAUACAGAGGUUGACAGAGAGACAGAGCUGCCAGGUGAAGGAUGGAAUCUGAGCAUCAACAAAAGCCAAAUAACUGUUUCAGCUCAGAGCAUGGGAGGACUUGCUGCUAGAUCCGUAUCGGUCCAACAGAGCAUCGAGAUUAGUGCAACUGCAACUCUUCUCUCUCCUUCCCAUUGCAGGAUGACCACUAGCACACACAGCAGAGCUACUGCCACUCUGAGGAUGUUGUCUUGGGGUUAGCUUGCUUCUACUAUAUGUUGGUGCUCAACCUCAUCUUCAAAAGGCUGUUAAGUGAGGGUUUCAUCAUCACCGUGAUUGUUCGGCUGCAGAACUGUCACCCUGAAGCGUUCUUCAGUAUCUACGGUCACUGGCAAGGUUUGCUAUUUGAUGUGGUUACAGCCAAGGUUGCAACGCAAACAUAAUACAAAAAUAGUAAAGGGGGAAACCCAAUAAAACAUGCUUGAGCAUUGCAAUAAAAAUAAACAAAUCUUU